AUGUCGGACUCCCAUCCUCGACCCAUUGACCCCGAUACCAUCGACAACGCCUAUGACCCCGACGCUCGCAUGGGAGAACCGUAUCGCGCCGAGCGAAUGAUGGCACCCGCACCCGUGCACCACGGUAUUUCUGCUCGUCCGGAGGCCCAUCACAACCAAAUUGAGGAUGGCUUUCGUGACGAGGACAACAUUGAUUUGUAUCACGACGACAACAUCGAUCCCGCUCGAGACGACAACGUUUACCACGAUGAAGAGGACGACUUUGACCCAACCCGCGACUACGAAGAAGAAGCCAGUAAGCAAGCGAAUGGCGAACCGGAAGAACCACGUCGUCGCGAGUUCAAGUAUUCCACCGCAAGUAUGCCCAAACGAUCAAGAUGCCGUAAAUGGUGCCUCAUCUUUUUACUCUUCCUCCUAUUCUUCGCCAUUACUACCGGUAUUUCUAUGCUUAUUGAUUGGCUUUUCUUCAGCGACGAGAGUGAUAAUGCGCCGUUUUAUCCCGAACGCGAUGGCAACGAAACUUUCCCCCAAGACAAGGUGUUCAUCGAUCAGGUCUGUUCCGAAGGAACCACGGAUUUCGAUGGCGGUGCUCGCUGUCGAGAGGCCUGUCAACCACAGUUUCUUGAAUGCUGCGAUCCUUUUAACGAAUUCGAAACUCACAAUUACACGGAAUCCUUCCUGAAUGCCACGAAUACCACGUUACCCCCGGAAGAAGUCUACGACGACGAUCUCUUCAAGGAACGUGUCGACACGUGUACGUUCGAUACCAACGUCCGCGGCUGCAUGGCGUAUGGAAAGUGUCAGGUUCUCGGUGAAUUAGUCGAUGCUGCUCCCAGUAACUUGCCCAUUCUGUGCAGUGCCCACUAUCUGGAACAGGAUCGUACCAGUUGCGAACAAGCCUGUCAGUCCGUACGCUGCUGCUUUUCGGAAACCAACAAAUGCUUGGCCACCAAUUUUGACGUCUGCAUGGACUACGCGCCCUGUCAAAAUCUGCGUUCCGGUUUUAUCGUUGAAACCGCUCCGGACGAUUUGGACAAGGCGUGUUUCUGGGAACUACCGGAGUGUUUCGAAACGUGUGAAAAGGCCGAAUGCUGUGGCAACCCCGAUUCGUCCUGUUACAACAAUAACUUUUUGUCCUGCCUAACCUAUGCACCUUGCACCAACGUGACAUUGACCAAAGUGGAGGUCCCGCCCAUCUACAGUCGCUUGGAAAAACCGCCGGCGGAGUUUGUGUACGCUUGCAACGAAGAAAAAGUCGACGUCCACGAUGUCGUCGAAAAAACGUGUGUCGAGUAUUGCGAGCCGGCAAUGUGUUGCUACAAUCAGAACCCAACCGAAAAUUGCUUUCGAGACGAUCCCUUGGGGUGCAUGGCCUGGGAUCAGGAAUGCCAGGUUAUCUUCGAACUUCAGGAAGAUCAACCCUAG